AUGAUCUCAGACAACGAUCUCUACCGACUCGCAAUUUUUUUCGGCACUUCAGCAAUGAUUCUCAUUGUUCUCUACCACUUCCUCGAAGUCAACGCUGCGAAAGAUCCGAUUGAAGCCGUAUCACGGUUACUGCGCCUUGUAAUUUUUUACGAGAAGGGAAUAUCCAGUUUGCAGCAAAGACUGCUCGGCGUUAAGGAGAACUCUUUGGACGAUCGAUUCCGCCUAUUCGGAAAGCAGAGUGUGGGCUCGAUACAACUAGACUAG